AUAUGCUAAGUUGCCGAAAACUGUUCGGGUGCAAAACGGCAGACAUACCACUUGCGCAACGGAACUGGUCCAAAAGCGUAUCCAGGUUUCUUGUAUGUUAUAAGAAAAGGAAAGUCUAUUUUCAACUUCAUACAUUGGGGCUGCAGCCACGCACAGCGCGCGCACGCGAAAAUUUCUACCAAGGCCGGUUUUCCGUUGCAGCAUAAAGGAACCCCACGUAAUUCUGAUCUGGUUUUUGUUGUCGGUGUACCGCUGCUGUUGCCAGCAUCUUUUUACCGUUUACGAUUCUUUUUAAUUCCUACUACACCAUGGAAAUGGCUCAGAAUAUUAUGGGUGCUCUGGCGCCCAACCAGCAGAACGCCGUCAAGUCCAACUGGUCGGAAUUGCUCAAUGUGUUCGGUGGGAAUAAGGAAAAUGUUGCAAUGGAACUGGCCAAACACACCGUUCAGGCCCAGUUGACCGGUGGUGGAGAAGGUGGUGGUUUGGGUGGUAUUCUGAGUGGUGUCAAGGGUCUUUUCGGUAAGAAAAAAGAUGACGGAGCAGCUGCGGCACCAUCAAAUCCCAUGGACAUCGUUAGCAAAGUUGCACCUUUAAUAGGAGGAUUGGAUAAUCCCAAUGCACUGCUUGGAUUCUUUAUGAAGGGCGCCCUUGGCGGUGGUCAAGCCGAGAAUAAAUCCGAAAAUUCCAUUUUCAAAAUGCUCAAGCAGAUUAUUUUCGGCCUUCUUGGACAACAUUUGCCGGCCCAGUCAUUCGGUGCUAACCAAGAAUCGCAGGGUGCCUGGACUAAAUUCGCCCAACUGGCUGCCGGAGCCAUCAAGAACCAGUCGUGGACGAAGUGAUUUGCUAAUUAGAUACCGAUACACUUUUACUUUUUGCUACUGGCGAAAUUAUCCUCCAUUUGCUUUAUUUUUUCAUGACUUUUCACCGGCAUGUUUACUGAUGCUCCGCUUUACACGCACGCCAAUCAAUUUUUGCUGAGAUUGUACUUACUUUUUACAACGUGUCGUUAUCAUUAGCUUGUACUAAGAGGACAUAAUACAGGCAUAAUAAACCGGCUUCAAGUG